AUGCAACGUGUGUCAAGCUUCCCUGCGGGCCGUUACCGACCUGCUUUGCCAAACUGUGAGCCAAUCAUCAACACCCAGUUUCGCAUUGAGCUGUUCGUUUCAGAUCACAAGCCGAGUCUCCGUAAUCCUUCACCAAUGGCGCAAGUUAACAUCUUCAAGGCCUUGGUUCUCGCCUUUAUCGUUGCAGUUGUCACCGCAUCUGCGCAGGAUAUCGGGAGUGCACCAGCUCCGUCUCCGGAUGCCGGAGCGGCGUUUUCUCUGCCUGUUUCCGGUGCCUUGAUCGGGACUUCUCUCCUCCUCUCUGUUCUUUCUCUAUUUAGGCAUUAA